AUGGGCGAACGAAAAGGUGUCAACAAAUACUACCCACCCGACUACGACCCGAGAGUCGGGGGGCUGAACAAAUUCCUGGGCACUCACGCCCUCCGAGAAAGGGCCAGGAAAAUCGACAAGGGCAUCAUCAUCAUCCGAUUCGAGAUGCCCUACAACAUUUGGUGCGAGGGCUGCAAAAACCACAUCGGAAUGGGCGUCCGGUACAACGCGGAGAAGACCAAAGUGGGCAUGUAUUACACCACGCCCGUUUACCAAUUCAAAAUGAAAUGCCACUUGUGCGAUAACCAUUUCGUGAUCAAGGCCGAUCCAGGGAAUCUGGAUUACGUGAUACUAUCCGGAGCGAGGAGACAGGAGAACCGGUGGGAUCCAACGACCAAUGGUCAAGUCGUUCCAGAAACUAAAGAAACCCAGAAACGUUUGUUCGACGAUUCCAUGUACAAAUUGGAGCACGGCAGCGAAGAUAAAAAUACUGCGGAUAGCGCGAAACCCGGAUUGGUUAAAUUGUUCAAUCGAAACGAAGACGUUUGGGCGGAUUCGUACACCGCUAAUCAAGUGCUCCGAGCGCAAUUUAGGAAAACGAAUUACGAUCUAAAACGCAAAGCGUCCGAGGAUAGUUUGUUGCUCAAAAAAUCCAGUCUGGAUAUUCCGCUGUUGGCCGAACGGGAAGAGGACAAACACAUAGCCGGUUUGCUCAGCAUGAAGCUCAAACCUUCCAGAAGCAUUUCCGAAACCACCGAUAACGUACGGAAGGAAAUUAUCUCGCAAUCGUCUCUGCCGAGUAGCAAUUUCACGAGAACCAAAGAAGCUAAAGCUAUUAGAAUAUUAAAUCAGAGCAAAAGAGACUUGGGUAUAAAACGAAAAUGUCCAGAGAACGCCGUUAAAGAGGACGAUGGAAACGUUAAAAGGCCUUCGUUGGUGGGUGAUUACAGUUCAACGAGUGAAUCGGAUUGA